AUGGUAAGCGAUGCUGUUACCAAAGCCCCUGCCUUCAUUCACUUGACCACCAAUAAUGGCCCACUAGCUCAGAUCUGGCUGGCGUCCAACAUGUCGCACUCGUUGUCUAAGAGCGUUUCGCAGCAUACAGACAUUAUCAAAUCCGUGGAAGAAAUCGCCCGUGUUGCUGGAUGUUCUCUGGACAGCGAUAUUGUCGAACCCAUCACGCUGCGAGCCUCCGGAGAACUACUGCAUGGUGUAGUUCGCGUUUACUCGAAAAAGACCUCGCUUCUUCUGAACGAUAUCAAAGACACCUUGACUAGGAUGACGACUCUUUUCAAAUCCGCUCCUCCAAACGUAACUCUUCAAAUCGAACGGACUACACUCCCGCAUCCGAGCCAGUACCUUUUGCAAGACGCCGUCACAGAACGAGAAGUUUUGCAAGUACCGGGCCUGGAAUUUUUGAACGAGCAACCCAUCGUGCGUGGGUUCAUGGGACAUGAGAGAUCCAUGGAAAGACACGUACAGGGAGCAGCGCCAUGGGACUCUUCUAUUGAAAUUGGAAGAAAUGCCAGGGUCGGCGAAGAAUUGGGCCACAAUCAGUCCUCGGUCCUGGACCUGGAUUUUGAUAUAGACGAUACUGACACUAGAGCCGUUGGUGAAGGUACCAACACCACCAUAAACAAAUCCAAUCAAACGACAGGCAGCGCCAUAAUUCAAGAAGACGAUUUCCCCGCCGAUGACCAUCUGGAUUGGGAUCUAGGGAUUCAGGACCAAUCAAUGGUUGAUGCCGGCGGUCAAGAUGAGGACAGGUCCCUAGAACUCGGUAGAAGGGCCGCAGUUGAUGAGUCCGCACAAGAUCAAACAGAAUUCGACUUCGAUUUGGGUCUAGGAAAGGAUCUUGAUGACGAAGCUCUGAACUCCGGUGCAGAAGAGGACGAUUUCGCGGCGCCCGUUUCUUCACCACCAGACACUCAGGGUCUUGACCAAGACCUCUCACAGCUGAAGCGCCUGAUUACUGAUAAAGAUACAGAACUACGAGAUGAAGAAGUCAGAAUCUCUCAGUUGAGCCCUGAUUCUCAGAUUAUUGAGCAACACGCUGCACGGCCACGCGAAAGACUAAACGCUCAGAAGCGGCUUUGGGUUCAAAUUGCAGACAAAACCGAUUACCUACCCGAAACGAUCUUGGGAACUUUUCUGUCGUACCAGAAUCUGAAGAAACCUCGUGUUUCGCCCGAGUUGCCUCAAGCUGUCGACGAGGAUCCUCAGUUUGAUGUUUCUCUCGAUCUGGGCAACGACCUUGGCUCCAGUCUCGAAAAUGCCCACGAACCUCAUCAAGAGAACGAAGAAGAUCUCGCAACACUUUGGGAAGACGAGCGCGACAUAGGCAACGACGAACCGGAAGACGAAAUCGUAAACGGGACCAGGAGUUCCAUAGACACGAGCCAGGAUAUAAGUUUCCAAGGGACACUUCAAGAGAGAGAAAGACAUUCUACAAAUACUCGUCUUGUCACUGGGGAGUACGUUUCACGCGGUCUUGGCCAGAUGGCUGAGAGAUUGAAGACACGUUUCAUCGACGUUGACUCAACCAACUUUUCGGAUUGUCUAAGAGCUAGUCAAGAAGGAGACGCCCCGUCGAAGAAAGACGCAAGCAAAACGUUUUUCGAGCUUCUUUCGCUUGCCAACAUGGGCUGCGUAGACUUAGAUCAACAAACUAAUUUCGGCGAAAUCGACAUUAUCAGCAAAUCCUCAUUGUACAGUAAAUUUGUGGUAGCAUAG